AUGUCAUCAUUGAGCAGUUCGUAUUCACUUGAUUUCACAUCUCCUACUAGUGAUCUUUUACCAAUCUUACCCAGCACAUCAGAAUUGUUAGCACAAGAGCGUUUCACGAAUCUGAUUCGUCCUUGCUUUCAACAUCUUUUCAAAUUUUUACAAAGAAUUCAUCCGCUAUCAAAUCUCUUGAAGCAUCUUUAUCAAUACAAAGAUGAAUUUAUAUUGAUUAUCGAAAGCGUUCUUCAAUGGUUUUAUCUUCAUUUUCAUUCUGCUCUUAUCGGCGAGCAUUUUUAUGGAUUAAAGCGUACGGCGAAUCAUCGAUUACGUUCUCUUAUCUUUUCGGUCUUUCUACCGUAUGUCAAAUUGAAACUUCAUGCAUUCCAACAUCAAAUGCGCGAAAACAAUGCAGAUCAACACGCGAAAUAUUUUAUAAUUCUUCAGCUAUUACCUAAACUACAGGUAUUUAUCGAAGGAGUCUGUUGGUUGUAUCGAAUCGGUUAUGCAUUCGGUCUGACAAAAUACUACAGUCCAACGCUCCAAUUAGCUAAAGUUAAACUAACUUAUGCCAAAGAUCCAUCACCUAACGUUAACACAACGCCAUCAUCUGCUAGCCAAUUCAUAUCUCGCAUUAGUCAAAUUAUAUCAUAUGGACUAUUCGUCUUACAACUAGUCGAUUGGUGGAACAGUACUUGUCGUUCAAAACAAAACUCAUCGGAGAAUCUCGUUGAAUUAGUCUCACCAAACAUCAAUAAACUAGGAAACAAACGGCAGUGUCCGUUGUGUCGUCAACCGUGUGAUAUACCGACCGUUAUUCUCGGUUCUGGUUAUGUUUAUUGUCAUCAAUGCAUCAGUACCUAUGUUAAUCAAUAUCAUCGAUGUCCAACAUCGCAUCAGCCAGUGACCACUGACCAUUUGAUAAAAAUCUAUUGA